GGCAGGCAGAGCCGACGCAGAGAUCUCAGAGCCUGCGGGCUCAAGGCAGGGUGGAGGGAGGGAAGCAGGCAGGCUCAGGAGGCGAUGCAUGGCAGCCAGGGCUCUGAGGGAUGAGGAGCUCGGAGGCCAGGAGCAGAGAAAGGCGCUGAGGCGGAGGGAACAUCACGUGUACAGGCUCAGAAACAUAAAAUGGAGAUGCAUUUGGGGGAACAAGUUUUGGGGCGUCACUGGUGUAGGAAGUGCGUGAAGCUGAAGGCAUCAGAACAGUGGGCUGAGGGAGCCCAGCCGUUCUCCUGAGGGCCACGGGUAGCCAUAGAGAAUGGUAGAGCAGAGGCAGGGCACGCCGGAGCCCCGGGGCCCGGCUGGAGAGGGAUCCAGGAGGGACAAGGGGCAGGACCGGCACGUGAGCCGCCGGCGUGAGUGGCCUGUUUGGGAUGGCAGUUCCGUUUUCUCCUCCAUGUGGCGCUGACAGCCCAGCUUCCUGCUGAGUUAUUUUCAUCUGCUUCCUGUUUGUCCCUGGCACCUCGUGCGCAGCCUGUGGCCGCUGCCCACUCCCCCCAGAAACCGCAGUGCCAGGACCAUGCCUGGCGCUCUGACCUGCCCCCCCAGGCGCCUGCGCUACAGAUCAGGAAACUGAGGCCCCUCGUGGGGCCCUGACCCCGGCUCUCCCGGCCAAAGGGGGGCCUGAGCUGGGGUUUGACCUCAGUCUCCCAGAGGCCUCUCCAGAGGCCUGGCCCCUGCUGGGCGGGAGGUGGGAGCCCCCCAGGGUUAUCUGGUCCGGGCGGGGGGCCAGAGCGGCUUCCUGGGGAAACUGUCUAAUCUCAGUUCCUUUCCGAUCCCUGCACUUCCUUGGAGGCCAGGCCUGGGCGGGGCCGAGCCCGAGGGCGUCCUGUGGGAGGCUGGGACAAGGCAGGGGCACCCGUGUACCCGUGUACCCAGGGCCACCUGGAAGAGAGGAUGUGGGUUAAGUCCUGCGCUUCCUCUGCUCGGCCUCCUCCCCUGAGCCUCAGGUGUCUCAUUUGUGACAUGGGGCCGUCAUGGGGCCUGCAGGAUAGCCGACUGUAGCUGGCGUUCUCGGCACUGUGACGGGGGCGAGAACAGUGAGCGCCAAGGUGGGGGACGGUGCAGGGCCCCCCCGCCCCGCUGGGAGCACCUGGGCUGCCCGGGGCAGACCUCCUCGAGGCCCGCCGGCCACUGGCCCACGAGUACCUGGGUGAGGCCCUUCGUAUGAUGCGUCAGAUCAUCUCCAAGUACCCGCUGCUGAACACCGUGGAGUCACUCACUGCUGCUGGCACCCUCAUUGCCAAGAUCAGAGCCUUCCAUUAUGAGUGCAACAAAGAGUCUGACAAGCAGGAGUUUGAGAAGGCCCUGGAGACCAUCGCUCUCUCCUUCAGUAACACCGUGUCCGAGUUCCUCAUGGGGGAGGUGGACAGCAGCACUCUCCUGUCAGUGCCCCCUGGGGACCCCAGCCAGACCAUGGAGAACCUGUACGGACCGGGCAGCGAGGGCGCCGCCCCCAGCGCGGACGACUGUGAUGCGGGCGGCCUGGCGCCCGAGGAGGUGGACAUGCUGCUGCAGCGCUGUGAGGGGGGUGUGGACGCCGCACUGCAGUAUGCCAAGAACAUGGCCAAGUACAUGAAGGACCUCAUCGGCUACCUGGAGAAGCGGACUGCGCUGGAGAUGGACUUUGCCAAAGGCGUGCAGAAGAUCGUGUACAACUGCAGACAGAGCUUCAUGCAGGAGCCGCACAUGCCCCUCCUGUCCAUCUACUCCCUGGCCCUGGAGCAGGACCUGGAGUAUGGCCAUGGCAUGGUGCAGGGGGUGAGCACGCUGCAGACCCAGACCCUCAUGCAGCCCCUGAACCUGAGGCGGCUGGAGCAUGAGAAGCGCAGGAAGGAGAUUAAGGAGUCAUGGCACCGUGCCCAGAGGAAGCUGCAAGAGGCGGAGUCCAACCUGCGCAAGGCCAAGCAGGGCUACUCGCAGCGCUGUGAGGACCACAGCAAGGCUCGCUUCCUGGCGGCCAAGGCCGAGGAGGAGCAGGCGGUCACUGGGCCCGGGGCCACCGCCUCCAAGACCCUGGACAAGCGGCGGCGCCUGGAGGAGGAGGCUAAGAACAAGGCAGAGGAAGCCAUGGCCACCUACCGGACCUGUGUGGCCGACGCCAAGACGCAGAAGCAGGAACUGGAGGACACCAAGGUGACGGUGCUGCGGCAGAUCCAGGAGGUCAUCCGGCAGAGCGACCAGACCAUCAAGUCGGCCACCAUCUCCUACUACCAGAUGUUGCACAUGCAGACGGCCUCGCUGCCGGUGCACUUCCAGAUGCUCUGUGAGAGCAGCAAGCUCUACGACCCAGGGCAGCAGUAUGCCUCCUACGUGGGCCAGCUGCAGCGGGACGAGGAGCCCGACGUGCGCUACGACUUUGAGCCCCACGUCUCCAGCAACGCCUGGUCCCCGGUCAUGCGCACCCGGAAGGGAAGCCUCGUCAGUGACACCACGGGGGUAGAGGCCACGGGCAGCCCCGAGGAGGAAGGUGGGCCCAGCGAAAGCGCACUUGCCAAGGAGCGCAGGGGUGGGCGUGGACACCAGGUGCACAAGUCGUGGCCCACGACCAUGUCAGACUCGGACGGCAGCCUGGACCCCAGCCCUGGCUCAGGGGACUUUAAGAAGCUGGAGAGGAUGUCGUCCAGCGGCACCAUGUCGUCCAGCGAGGAGCUGGUGGACCAGGAGGGCAGCGCAGGGGCGUCAGCCUUCGAGCAGGCUGCCCUCAAUGGCAUGGCCCCCGAGCUGCCGGUGGCCGUGCCCAGCGGACCCUUCCGCAACGUGGGGCUGUCCAAGGCCGCCCGCACACAUCGGCUGCGGAAGCUGCGCACACCAGCCAAGUGCAGGGAGUGCAACAGCUACGUCUACUUCCAGGGCGCUGAGUGCGAGGAGUGCUGCCUGGCCUGCCACAAGAAGUGCCUGGAGACACUGGCCAUCCAGUGUGGCCACAAGAAACUCCAGGGCCGCCUGCAGCUCUUCGGCCAGGACUUCUCCCAGGCGGCCCGGAGCAUGGCCGACGGCGUGCCCUUCAUCAUCAAGAAGUGCGUCUGCGAGAUUGAGCAGCGGGCGCUGCACACCAAGGGCAUCUACCGCGUCAACGGGGUGAAGACGCGCGUGGAGAAGUUGUGCCAGGCGUUCGAGAACGGCAAGGAGCUGGUGGAACUGUCACAGGCCUCGCCCCACGACAUCAGCAACGUCCUCAAACUCUACCUGCGGCAGCUGCCCGAACCUAUCCUCUCCUUCCGCCUCUACCACGAGCUCGUGGGGCUGGCCAAGGACAACCUGAAGGCGGAGGCAGAGGCCAAGGCGGCGUCGCGGGGCCGGCCAGACGCUGCCGAGAGCGAGGCCGCGGCCAUAGCCAUGGCGGGCCGGCUGCGGGAGCUCCUGCAGGACCUGCCUCCCGAGAACCGGGCCACUCUGCAGUACUUGCUGCGGCACUUGCGCAGGAUCGUGGAGGUCGAGCAGGACAACAAGAUGACUCCAGGGAACCUGGGCAUUGUGUUUGGACCCACGCUGCUGCGGCCAAGGCCCACCGAGGCCACCGUGUCCCUGUCCUCCCUGGUCGACUACCCCCACCAGGCCCGCGUCGUGGAGACCCUCAUUGCCCACUAUGGCCUGAUCUUCGAGGAGGAGCCCGAGGAGGUGCCUGGGGGCCAGGACGGCACGUACGUGCAGCGGGCUGAGGCCGCGGUGCAGAUGGCGCACCCAGAGGCGAGUGCGGGGGCCGCCCUCCCCCUGCAGGAGGAGGCCGCGGACGGGGGCCCAGGUGAGCGGUGGGGACGGCCAGGCAGGCUGCUGGGCGGUGUCCCUGGGCGCCGCGCGGCUGGGGGUUUGUCUCCCACGGAGAGAGCUUGUCUGACCUGCCGCAAAUACCAGCCAGGAGAUAGAUGCCUUUCUGAGGUGCUCUGUAGACACAGAGGGGGUACCCUGCACACGGCAGCAGCCCCGUGCGCCCCGUGCGCGGAGUCUGCCCCUCUGGCUGUGGGCGGGCGGCGCCGGGGCAGGGAGCCGGGCCUGGUGAGGGUGGCAGCAUGUCAGGCGGUGGGCCCCAGGGCCCUCCUGGUCACGACACGUCGUCUGUCCCGUCUCCCCCCGCCCGCGCCUCCCGCCUUUCCUGACCUCCCAGAACCCCAGGUGGCCUCCAAUGACUCCGACUCCGAGGCGGAGGAGGCCUCAGACCUGCCGUCCCCAGCGGACGGGGGCGCCGUGCACCGCCUCAGUUUCCCGGAGAAGCCGGGCAGCGAGGCCAGCGUGGAGGAGGGCCGGGGCAGCCGCAGCAGCAGUGAGGAGCAGCUGGGGGCCGCGGCCGGGGCCGGGGAGGGCCUGGCCCAGCAGCUUUCCGAGUACAACACCAACCAAUGCAACAACACGGCCGAGGUCCGGCUGCCCGCCAUGAGGCUCCGCGGUGGGCGGGUCGAAGCAGGCUCAGGCCAGGAGAGGCAGCCGGAGUGUGUCUAGCUGGGGCCCUGCGUGUCCAGUCCCCGUGGAUGUCCAGGCCCCGCGAGGCCUGCUCCAAGCCCAAUGCACCGAGGACACUGCUGGCUGCCUUUUCCAGAAGCUUCCGGGAGCAUGGGGUGAGGCUGAGGCCUGCCCCGUGUUUGCCUGCGUGCUGGGGGCCAUGUGGACAGAGAAGCCACGUACGCCCCUGCUGAGUGGCCCUGACCUCGGGGCCAGCCACCCCACCGGCCACUGGGCCACCACGGAGGCCACGCUGGAAGCCAGAUGGCAGGGGCCAGGAGGCAGCGUCGGGCCCCGGAGGGUGUAGGCACGCGGUGAGGUCUGUCCUGGGUCACAACGUAGAUUUUCAAAUGCACAUUUAUUUUGCUUAAAAUAAAGUUUUAAAUCUGA